CAAUCAAACAUAUCAAUUUUAGUGACAACAAUUAAGGUAAUUAACUUAGUCUUCUUGAGCAAUAAGAAAAUUUUGUAAAUACCAAUAUCUUCCGUCGGCAAGUUAUAGAAACAACAAACAAAAAGAAGGAAACUUAUUACUUGCUGAAUACUCAACCACAAUUUUCGAUACGACAAAUAUUAUCUUUAAUUCACUUUCUUCCUUCAAUUUCAUCAUCAUCUUCUUCUUCUUUUGGUUCUCUCUGUGACUCUGUUUUGUGGAUGAGCUAGAGUUACUGUCAAUAAUGAAUACAGAAGACGCAAAGACGGAGGAGACUUCAUCGAUCACAAGCGGUGGUUUCUUGCCUUUCAAGAAACGCAUGAGUCAUCUUAACAACCCACCGAACAGUGCCCUAGAGGUUGCCUUGCCAGGCAAGGUAAAGUACAAAGGAGUGGUUCAACAACAGAACGGUCACUGGGGCGCUCAGAUAUACGCAGACCACAGAAGGAUCUGGCUCGGCACUUUCAGAUCCGCCGCUGAAGCCGCCGCGGCUUACGACAGCGCAUCCAUCAAGAUCCGAACCUACGACGCUAACACGCACCGGAACUUCCCUUGGAGUGAGUACACGAUCCACGAACCGGCCUUUCAGAACGAACACACAACCGAAGGAGUGUUGAGCAUGAUCAAAGACGGUACUUACCAACGCAGAUAUAGUGAGUUUUCCAAGAAGAUCCAAUCCAAGAUUGCCAAGAGAUGCAACGUUGUGGGGUCGAAAGAGGAUCAAGAAUCGAGCAAGCGUUUCUCGUGCACGGAGCUGUUUAGGAAGGAGCUGACACCGAGCGAUGUAGGGAAGCUCAACAGGCUUGUGAUACCUAAGAAGUAUGCAGUGAAGUAUUUGCCUUUUAUAAGGGAUGAUCGAGACGACGAGAGAGAAGAGGGAGGGAUAGGAGAAGAUGUUGAGGUUGUGUUUUACGACAGGGCGAUGAGACAGUGGAAGUUUAGGUAUUGUUACUGGAGAAGUAGCCAGAGCUUUGUGUUGACCAGAGGAUGGAUUGGUUUCGUCAAGGAGAAGAGCCUCCAGGAGAAAGAUGUGAUCGUCUUUUACACUUGCAAGACGUUGGAAGGAGGUCAAAGCAAGAACUUCUUGAUGAUCGAUGUUCACUGCUCUUCGGACGAUGGUUCUGCUGUCCGUGAUGAUGAGGAAGGAAACGAGACUGUUCGUAACAGUUCUGAGGGAGAAGUCAAAACAGAAGGAGAAGAAGAAACCAAAUCAGUGGAGAACAAAGAAGGGUUUAUGUUGUUUGGUGUUAGGAUUCAAUAGCUACUUUGUUCUUAGAGACUUCUGUUUCAUAACUAAACUAGAGUUUUUCUUUCUUUCUGUUUAGAUGUCA